AAUGACACGGCAUCCUCUGAUCUGAUCUGUGUGCCGACGCCGCCAUUGACGACGAAUCAGAGAACCUAAACUAGAGUCUACAGUGGAGCGGUGUUGUGGUGUUGAACUUGAUAGUGGAACGCAUAGCAUCUGCAUCUGCAUCUGCAUCUGCAUCAGCAUAUUCAUAUUCCGAGAAAAGAAAAAAAAAUGAGGUGUUCUUCGGAAACGAUCAACAUCGCUGCGAGUACUCAGAAACUUGAUGUUGAUAAUCGAAUUGCUCUCCGCUUCUACUACAGGAUCGCCGAUAAUAUUCUCAAACAGGCUGCUAUCUUUCGUGCAGAGAAAAAUAUUGUUGAUCUAUAUAUCAUGCUCUUAAGAUUUUCUAGUUUGGUGUCUGAGACAAUACCACGUCACCGAGAUUAUAGAACAUCUGCACAAAGCAAGAAAGAAUCAUUGAGAAAGAAAUUGUUAUAUUCUGUGAAUGAACUGGAGAAUUUGAAACCACUGGUACAACAGAAGAUCAGUGAGUUUAACAGCAGGCAAGCAUACCAGCACAAUGGGUGGGAAAAAUGUCAUUCAAAUAAUUUGAUGGAUAUUUCUCCAGUGAAAAAGCAAACUUUGGCUAGUUAUGAUCAAAUAAAGGCAGUUAGACCAACCACUGGAGAGUAUGUCUACCGAGGAUCAAGGGGCCAGCAGUUUUCUUAUGUAAGGCCUGUGGAAGAGAAUAUGAGAAAGCUAUCUUUAACUCUCCCACAUCCAAAGGAAGAAACUCUCUCCAGACAUUCUAUUCUAGGUCCCAAUGGGCUUAACGGGCAGUGGCGACCACCUACAAGUGAUAAAGGGGUCAGGUAUCCAACCAUCGUAGAUCUGUCUCCAGUUGAAAUUCCAAGCCUUCAGCAAUCCUUGGAAGAUGGAUCUCUGAAUAAAAAUGAUACUAGCAUUUCAGUACCUAAUAGAUCAGAUUUAGAUUCAAUUCUUACCCAGAGUGAGCACUGCCAGGCCCAGCAUGCUGAUGAAGCUCCUUCUCUUAUCUCUUUUGAAGCAGCAGAAAUCCCUGCUCAAAUAGAAGUUAUCAGACAGCCUUCUCCUCCACCUGUACUUGCUGAAGUACAAGAUUUAGUUCCUGCAGUGUCACCUCAUGUUAAUGAGGCAGAAUGUAAGAUAGAGACUCCGUCAACAGAUAGUUUUGUUCGUGCUGAGUCUCCUCUGCAACUACAUAUCUCAACUGCUAUGAUGGAGACUUUUAUGAAGCUUGCCAAGUCAAAUACUAACAAAAAUUUAGAGACUUGUGGUAUCCUUGCGGGUUUGCUUAAAAACAGAAAAUUUUAUAUUACGGCUCUGAUAAUCCCAAAGCAGGAGUCAACAUCAAGUUCUUGUCAAGCUACAAAUGAAGAGGAAAUAUUUGAAGUUCAGGAUAAGCGUUCUCUCUUCCCCCUUGGGUGGAUCCACACACAUCCUACACAAUCUUGUUUCAUGUCAUCGAUUGAUCUACACACCCAUUACUCAUAUCAGAUUAUGUUGCCAGAAUCUGUUGCAAUAGUCAUGGCACCAACAGACAGCUCAAGAACCCAUGGCAUUUUUCGGUUGACAACCCCUGGUGGCAUGUCAGUCAUUAGACAAUGCCAGCAACGUGGCUUUCAUCCACAUAAUCAGCCUCCAGAUGGUGGUCCCAUUUACAAUACAUGUACAGAUGUUUACAUGAACCCAGAUUUAAAAUUUGAUGUCAUUGAUCUUCGAUGAUAAGAAUUUGUUGCUUCUAGAUGGCUAAAAAUCUAGUCAUCGAGCUGUUCAUAUUACCAUACUUUCUAAGGUUCAUAGGUUUUAUCAUUAAACCAGCUGUGGACAUCAUAAUGCAUGUCAUGUCUGCGGUGUUUGUAAAAUGAAGAAAUCUUUUCCGUUGGCUAUUUAUUCUUGGCUUCUAAAGGUCUUAUUUUGUAACUAUUCACCAAUGGCCUGCCUGCAUGGCUAUUUGUUCUGUACGCAUUCAGGUGAUUUGAUCAAAUCGUAAACUUUCUGUACUGAUAUUUAUGAUUACUACCUUAUGUCGAGUGUUAUACUGGCUUCAGUUUAAAAGUAGCUAGUAGCCUCAGUCUAUGGGGUGAGUCAAUAUAGUGCUCUAGCUUUCGAGU